GAGGUGGGUGGAAAUGUGGAAUUGGAAGUCCCGAAUUGAAACUUCUUUACCUCUCUCUGAUCUCGUUUCACACAGAUCAAGACGGAUACCUGCUCCGGAGAAAUUUUGAGUUUCCGAUCCUCAACUUACAUGAGACGCCAGUUUCUUUGACCGUUCCCCUUCUUCAACACCCGCGACCGUGAUGUCCCAUUCCUCACAUUAUCUAAGGCAGAGCUAUUUCCUGAUAAGAGAUGCCUGACCUCAAAGAGCGUCUGCUUCCACCAAAACCUGCAUCAGCUGUUAAUCUUAGGGAUUCAUCUCACAGGGUUUCUGUCUCUGCUCGUAGCCCGCUUCAAGUUCUGGAUGUCCAAGGCCUUAAAAAGCGUGGCCAAGGACUAAGAUCUUGGGUUCGUGUGGAUGCUACAGGGAACUCUCAAGCUAUUGAGAUUGACAAGUUUACUGUGAUGCGACGCUGUGAUCUUCCGGCACGUGAUCUACGUCUACUUGAUCCUUUGUUUGUUUACCCCUCGACAAUACUUGGUAGAGAGAAGGCCAUCGUUGUGAAUCUGGAGCAGAUUCGGUGUAUUAUAACAGCCGAUGAUGUCCUGCUUUUGAAUUCUCUUGAUAGUUAUGUCCUGCAAUAUGUAGUGGAGUUGCAGAGGCGGCUACAAUCUGCAGGUGUUGGUGAAGUUUGGCAAUCAGAAAGUUCUGACUUCAGCAGGAGAGAAAAAAGUAAUCCGUCAGGUGAUAACAUGUUUAGGAGCGCUUCACCUGAUUAUUUGCCCUUUGAGUUCCGCGCUCUUGAAAUUGCGCUGGAGGCUGCUUGCACUUUUCUGGAUUCUCAGGCAGCUGAGUUAGAAAUUGAGGCCUAUCCUUUGUUGGAUGAACUUACAUCAAAGAUAAGUACAUUGAAUCUGGAACGUGUUCGUCGAUUGAAAAGCAGACUUGUUGCACUAACCCGUCGGGUUCAAAAGGUUAGGGAUGAGAUAGAACAACUUAUGGAUGACGAUGGAGACAUGGCAGAAAUGUAUCUCACAGAGAAGAAAAAGCGUAUGGAAGCAUCAUCAACACCAUAUGAGCAGUCUCUUAUGAUGGGGGGUGGGUCCAGGGCAAAUGAUGGUUUUGUGUCUAUUUCUGCUCCGGUUUCUCCUCUUCCUUCACCUCCGGAUAACAACAGCGACUACAGGAAACUUGAAAAGAGCUACAGCAUAGGGAGAAGCAGACAUGAAAGCAUGAGAGGCUCAGAAAGUAGUAGUAGUAGUAGUAGUAGUAGGGUCACAGAAGAAGCUCAUCAAAGUAUAGAAGAGCUGGAGAUGCUAUUGGAGGCCUACUUUGUGGUCAUCGACAGCACCCUCAAUAAGUUGACUUCGCUCAAGGAAUACAUUGAUGACACAGAAGAUUUUAUUAACAUACAAUUGGACAAUGUGAGAAACCAGCUCAUACAGUUUGAGCUGUUACUCACGACAGCAACAUUUGUAGUCGCAAUCUUUGGGGUGGUGGCAGGGGUUUUUGGCAUGAAUUUUGAGAUUCCAUUGUUUGAGCACGAAAGUGCAUUCAAGUGGGUGCUUAUAAUCACAGGACUUUGUGGAUUCGUAAUAUUUUUUUCAUUUUUGUGGUUCUUCAAGUACAAAAGACUGAUGCCACUUUAGGUGGGUUUAUUAUGGAAGGGGCCAAUGUAAGUAGUAGUGAUUAUUAGUGGGUAUAAGGAGGGUUCAGAAAUACUACGUAUAAUAUAACAGUGGGUUUUUAAACUGAACACGUAAAGCCAAAUGUGUUUCUGUAGUGGACAUUGUAUGCAUGAAUGGAUUCAACACACAUAUAUACUUCAAACCUUUUGUUCACAUAGACAUGAGAUAAAACCUAGUGGUUUAUGUGAGAACAAAG